AUGGAAUCGAACAUUAAUUCUGAACAGGCUCAUCCUGACGCUGCCAAACCUACAGACACCACCAACAACAACAAGGACGACCCUCCUCCCACCGUCCCUGAUUCAUCAGCCGCCGCAGAUGGAAACGACGAUGCAUCACCCGCACCGCACAACCACCACAGUCGCAGCGGCCACCUCCUUGAUGAUUCCUCUUCUUCUGAUCUCGGAAAUGGCGCGGACAAGGAUGGCUCCGCCUCAAGCCCUGACCGAAACGGUGACGUUUCACAUGAUCGGCCGCCUCCUAAUCUUGACGAGGAAAUCCAUCUCACCCUGCAAACCCUCUCUCCUGACAUCGACCAUUUCCUGAUCACUCUCUCAGAAAGAAAGAUGGUGGUUUCCUCUCAGGAAACAUUAGUGGGGGAGAUGGAAGAGAAAAAGGAGCACGAUGAGAAGCAGGAGACGGAAGACAAGGAUGAGAAGAAUGAGGAUCCGAUUUCAGGGGAGAAAGAAGCCGGCUCCCGCGAACAUAAGCCGGAUUCGGAAGAGGCGGGACCUGAUGAUGAAGGAGGCAAGAAGGAGGAGGAAAAAGAAAAGCAAAUCUGUAAGAAGAGAUCGACCAUCUUGAUGCCGGAAUUUGUGGAGAAGUACGUGGAUCUGGUCGACGGGAAGAUCAGCGAUCGUGAUUCAUCUUCGGACGGGAAAGGAGGAGGCGGAGGGGGGAAGUGGUGCCUCUCGCCGGAUGAUGAUGCGUCAUUCAUGGAGAUCGUGAAUCGUUUCUCCAGGCUAGCGAGUUCGCUCAACGAAUUUCGAUCGGAUCCAGAUCAUGCUCAUCUCGUGAACCGGAUCGGAUCAAUUCACCAACGAGCAAUGUCGUAUUUGGAGGAUGAAUUCGGGUUUCUUCUCCAAGAGCAUGCCAAUCAACAACCGGUACAAGAACCAGAUUCCGCGGGAAAAUCAUCAACAAAAGCGGCGGAAACCGGUGAGGGAGGGAGUCCGCUGCCAGAAUCGCAAUCGAAGCCAGAGGAAGAAAAGGAAUCGCCGUAUCCUGGGUACAGUGAAGAAACGGUGACGAAUCUGAGCAAGAUUGCGAGUCAGAUGAUCGCCGGUGGGUACGAAUCGGAGUGUUGCCAGGUGUACAUGAUCGUACGGCGGCACGCCUUGGAUGAGACCCUAAUCCAGUCAGGAUUCGAGAAGAUCAGCAUCGACGAUGUCCAGAAGAUGGCAUGGGAGAAUCUCGAGCGGGAAAUCCCGAUCAUGACUUCCAUCAUCAAAGAAUGCGCCAGCAUCCAUUUCCCCAAAGAGCACAAAUUAGUCCACUCUGUUUUCUCAAACUACCCUUCCCUCUCCAUCUCCCUCUUCAGCAACCUAAGCAGAGGAAUUCUUAUCCAGUUCCUCAAUUUUGCCGAAGGAGUCGCCAUGUCUAAGAGAUCCACGGAGAAGCUCUUCAAAUUCCUCGACAUGUAUGAAACCUUGCGAGAUGGAUUCGCUGCAAUCGAAGGCUUGUACCCGGAGGAGUCUGAGAGCGAGCUGAAAACAGAGGCCACGACGGUAAAGGGAAGAAUCGGAGAAGCAGCAAUUAACAUCUUCAGCGAUCUGGAGCAUUCAAUCAAAAACGACCAUGGAAAGACUCCGGUCCCCGGCGGCGCCGUCCAUCCGUUAACCCGCUACACGAUGAACUACCUGAAAUACGCCUUUGAGUACAAAUCGACUCUGGAGAAUGUUUUUAGAGACCAUUCCAAAAUCGAGCGUGCAGAUUCAACGAGCCGGCCUAGAUUCGAAGGCGAUUCGAAUCAAGGUGGAGGAGGCGGUGACCAGGACAAUAACCAGUCUCCAUUCGCCGGCCAGCUGGCGAGGAUCAUGGAUUUCCUAGAUCAAAACCUAGAGUCGAAAUCGCAGCUCUACAGAGACGUAUCCCUCUGCUGCAUCUUCAUGAUGAACAAUGGGCGGUACAUUUUACAAAAAAUAAAGAGCUCUCCGGAGAUCCACUGCGUUAUGGGGGAUCCGUGGUGCCGUCGAAAAUCGUCGGACCUCCGGAACUACCACAAGGGGUACCAGAGGGAGACGUGGAGCAAGUUGCUAGGGAAUCUGGCACAGGAGGGCGUGCAGGUGCAUGGGAAAGUGUCCAAGACCGUGUUGAAAGAGAGGUUCAAGAACUUCAACAUCAUGUUCGAUGAGAUACACAGGACGCAGAGCCAGUGGGUGGUGAGCGACGAACAGUUGCAGUCAGAGCUCCGGGUGUCGAUAGCGGCAGUGGUGAUUCCGGCGUACAGGGCGUUUCUAGGGAGGUUCUCUCAGUAUUUUACUCCCGGCAGGCAAUACGAGAAGUAUGUAAAGUAUCAGGCGGAGGAUAUAGAGAAUUGUGUGGAGGAGCUGUUCGAGGGGAACGCUAGUUCCAUAGCCAGGAGGAGAUGA